UAAACAAGAUUAACAGCUCAUUUGUUUUCCAGAUCUAAACACUGAAUAUGUACCGUCUUGGAUUGCUAUUGUUGGUUGCUUAUGUGGCUGGUGUGAAUGGGUGCUGUGUACCCCCUCUAUAUAGUGCCGGUGGAUAUUUGAGGAUUUUUCAAGAUGGCCAUUUUUUUCUGGGUGAGGCUGAACUCUACUACAACUACUCUCUUGGCAUCCACUCCGCAUUUUACAACCUCACCAUGGACGAGUUCCCUGACACCUACUCCUUGACCAGCGUCCACAUCGAUGUGAAAUCGGGAGACAUCUACCUAAUGACUAGCGGAACCUGCACAAAGAGAAAAUUGGACGUUUCAUGGCUUCAGGCCACUGAACUACCUCAUUGCAUACCAAGCAAUGCCCACCUAGAGAGGGAGAUAUACAUCGGAGGACCCCAUGAAGAUGUUGAAGUAAUGACCUACACCCAUGCGGUCAAACAUGGAAUUCGACAUCUAACUGUCACUGCACAUCACUGCUACCCCGUCCAGGAUGUCUUCUAUUUUAGAGAUACGUCUGUCUCAGAUAAAUCCACUGGAAAUGGCACCAUCACCCAAGUGAAAAACCUCAAGUUUACUAUCGAUGAUCCCUCUGUCUUUGAUCUCCCAGACUUAUGCAAAAAGGCACCAAUAUCUCCAGCACCAGCUGAAUUGCCAUUGUCUCUGGGUCUUCUCCCAAAUUUUGCCAAACUCCAUGACAACUAGAAUGGCAGCCUGGCUGACCACCACAGAAGAGUGGACAAGAGAAGAAAGAAGAAAAAGAAAAAAGAAGGAAAGGAAGUCUUCAAAUAAAACAUUUUUGAAAUAUUA